GAUAGGACUACCCCAGGCAGGCGGUGCAAGCAUCCCUUGCCAAGCGAGCGAUUCAAGGAAGAGCUAUUAUACUCUACGUACAUAACUCCCACCUCAGCCCGGCCAACCUCACGCACCUCACCAGCACCCGUUCCCGCACCCUUACCCUUACCAGCAGCAGCAGCAACCGCACCCGCACCACCAGCAGCAAUAGCAACCGCAAGCAUGAUGUCCUCCACGGCGUCAACGCACACGCGGCCAUCGACACACACAAUCGCGAAGACAGAAGUGCGAAUAAACGUGUACGACCUUCUCCCACGUGGGCGGCUGUCGUCGUUCCUAUGGACGAUCGGCACGUCGUUGCUGCACACGGGCGUCGCAAUCGGCGACAAGGAGUAUGCCUUUGGCGGCCACGACCGCCCCGGCGUCACGGGCGUAUACUGGACGAAACCGAAGACCGAGCCCCCCGGUGGAACGUGGAAGACUGAGAUCCUUCAUGGCUUCACAUAUGCCAAUGCAGAGGAGAUUGACGAGAUCGUGAGAGAGGCAAGUCUGGUGUUUCUAGGCCCGAGCUACAAUCUCCUCACGCGGAACUGCAACCACUUCAGCUCGCACCUGUGUGCGGCGCUCACGGGGCAACCAGCGCCGGCGUACCUCAACCGCGCAGCGAGCAUUGGUGUAGCGCUGCCAUGCGUGGUGCCCGCGGGCUGGGUGGAGCCGCCCGAGUGCGAGCUGGAGGAGCAGAGCGAGGAGGCACGGUUGACGGCGCACGCGCACCCGGGACGACGCAGACACAGUGUCAACCGCGACGAUGUGUGGGACGAGUCGAGUGCGGAUGAGGACGACGACGGCGGCUACUCGAGCGAGGAGAGUGAGGGAGAGCGGAGACGGCGGGAGAGAAGGCGUGCGGAGGCUAGGAAACGGGCCGCGGCUGGAAGGGAGGCCGGUGAUCUGAAGGAUACGCAGGGACGGCAGCUGCCGGGCGCUGAACGGGCAAGACUGGAUACGACAGUGACAUAGAGUGUUGUCGUUCCUGCCUAUCUCGUCAAGGGAUGGGUCACGGCGGCCGGGGCUACGGAGGAAGAGGACCACAACGGCGGCAACAACGACGGCGACUCCUCUUCGGUCUCCAGUUGAUGGGUGUAUGAAUAGACUGUAGUUGACAUGACCAGGCAGGCACCUGGAUGGGCGCGUUCGGAGGAGUUGAGUUCGGUUUCUAGGCGUUUUCUCUGUUCCUGCUCUGUAGUCAACUUACUGUUGUUCUAUUCGCUUUGUCUUUUUUCUUUUUCCAUUCUAUCCUUUUGGGGGUUUGCUUUGCUGGAUUUUGCGGAUUUUCCUGUUUCAUUACCUUUUUGGGCUGCGUUCACUGAGAAAUAUCAUCCUUCAGGUUUAAGGUGCGGCUCUGUGACUAUCACUCAGGACAAGCA